AAAGCAACGUCAGCCGAGUGCGCUUUUCUCUGAACUUGCAGCCACAAAAAGAAACUACUAACCACGAAUAGGCUCACUCCAACGCGCACAUUAGUAAUCCACAACCUUGCUACGCUAAAAUACGCUCGGCUUUCUCGUCACACCUUCCUUGUUCCAUGAAAUUCCUCUCCACUUGAUUGCCAUCAUCAAUGGCUUCUCUUCAGAUUCUCAAAUCCUCCACUUUCCCUCCUCUCCCUAUUUCCCAAUCCAAAAUUUCCAGGAAAUCCACCUGUCUUUUCUCGGAAUUCGAUUCCAGGAAACGGAUUCGGAAUUCUGCGUUUUUCACCAGGAGAAGGCUUAGGGUUUGUUGCGGAGUUCAGGAAGGUGAUAACCAGAGCAAUGGUGAAGAACCUCCUGAGUCAUUGUUUAUGAAGGAAUUAAAGAGAAGGGGCAUGACUCCCACUUCACUGCUUGAGGACAGCAAGAGGGGUGCCUAUGGACUAGAGGAGGAGAUAAAAUUGGAGGAAGAUAUAGGUUUCUCAAAGAGAAAUGCAUACUCCACAGAUUUCGAGGCAAACCUAUCUAAUCAAAGGGAGCGCUCCAUGGCGUUGAACAGUGAAGGCCUUGAGGGCCUGAUUCCACGGGCUAAACUUUUGCUAACAAUUGGAGGAACAUUCUUCUUGGGAUUUGGACCUUUGAUCCUCAUAACUGUUGCAUUCUUCUGUGCUCUGUACUUUGUAAGCUCCCUUUUCUCGACUCUUGUGUGUUUCAUAUCUCUUAACCUUGUUAUUGUAGUUGGACAAUUCAUGUCUUUUUCUGGAUGCAUACCAUCACUACAAGAACCUGUGCUUGCUGUGAUUCUGCUUCCUUCUGAUUGCUCAAUGCUAUUUGGUUUCAGUUUUCCUUGACUUCAUUAACCAAUGUCAUUUGGCUUCAGUUUUGCUUGUCCCUAAAUAGUUACAUUAGACUUUGUUGUGCAGCUAUUUCAUAGUUCAUAUAUCCCAUUAACCUUUUAUUAUUCGAAAGUUCAUAGAGAGUUUCAGUCAAAAACAAAUAGCUGUUGAAGGAAAACUUGGGCCCUAUGUUGAUCCACUUUUCCCCAUAGCCAUGUGCAAAUCUCACUGCUGUUUUUUCUAUUUGUGUGUGAGCUUGGUAUCUCAUGGAUAUUGACUACAACUGAAACUCGAUCCUUUUCCUUCUGGUCUCCUUUGGCAGUAUUUUGGGCCGACUUUUGUCCAUGACGGAAGCAAAACACCUAUAAUGCCACCCCAGUAUAUCGAUCCAUAUGAACUUCUGGAAGAUGAAAGGAUUUCUCAGAUAGCACCCCGUGUAAAUUAAAACACCAUCUGCAGAAAACUUCUGGUACAGGUUUCUCUUGCCUACUGCUUAUUCUUUACCUGUAUAAAUAUCCCAAACUUUGGUUUGGCUUUAAUUUAGUGUAUUUUACACCCUUCUCCCCAGUUGGGGUUUUAUGAUCCAACUUUUCUUAAUGAUCCUUUUAAUUUAAAUAUUAAAGAAUGACUAUUAGAAUCCAA